GAGAGAGAGAGCCUUGAGAAAAUGAUAAGCAUGGAACUUGUUACCAAUGUGUCACUGGUAUCAGCACCGACCAUCUUCACGGUGUUGGCGAUGUUGGUUGGAGUUUUGGGCUACUUGUAUGGGCCCUACUGGGGGGUCAGAAAGGUACCCGGACCACCAGUUAUCCCCUUGGUAGGGCACCUUCCCUUAAUGGCCAAGUAUGGUCCUGAUCUGUUCCAAAUUCUUGCCAAAAAGUAUGGCCCUAUUUUCAGGUUUCAUAUGGGUAGACAGCCACUAGUAAUUGUAGCAGAUGCAGAGCUCUGUAGAGAAGUUGGCAUCAAGAAAUUCAAAGACAUUCCAAACAGAAGCAUGCCAUCUCCCAUACAAGCUUGCCCUCUUCAUCAGAAGGGUCUCUUUUUCACCAGGGAUGCAAGAUGGUCCACGAUGCGAAACACUCUAGUAUCUUUGUAUCAGCCGUCACACUUGGCUAGCCUUGUGCCCACAAUGCAGUCCUUCGUUGAAACUGCAACUCGAAACAUUGACCCCUCCAAAGAAGAAGAAGAUGUUACCUUUUCCAAAAUCUCCCUCGCAUUGGCCACUGAUACAAUAGCACAAGCUGCUUUCGGUGUCAACUUUGGCCUUUCUAAACCACAAUCCAACAGUGAUUCAGUCAACAAGAUUGACGGAGGCGGCCAGGACAAGAACAAUGACAAUAAGAAUGAUGCAGUUUCAAAGUUUACCGACCAAUACGUAUAUUCCGUAGCGCAGGUUAAGAUGGACUUGACAGGUUCCUUAUCAAUCAUACUUGGUCUACUUUUCCCCAUCCUCCAGGAGCCGUUUAGGCAGAUCUUGAAGCGAAUUCCGGGCACUAUGGACUGGAAAAUUGAACGUACUAACGACAACCUGAGCGGCCGCCUUGAUGAGAUUGUUGAGAAGAGAAUGAAAGACAGUGACCGAGGUUCGAAGGACUUCUUGUCGCUCAUACUGAAUGCAAGGGAGUCAGAGAAGGUUUCGAAGAAGGUGUUCACACCAGACUACAUUAGUGCACUUACUUACGAGCAUCUCGUUGCCGGGUCAGCCACCACAGCAUUUACGUUGUCUACGACUGUUUACUUGAUUGCUCAAUACCCGGAAGUUGAAAAGAAGUUGCUUGCAGAGCUGGAUGCAUUUGGACCAGCUGAUCAGAUGCCAACAGCUCAUGAUCUGCAAAACAAGUUUCCUUAUGUUGAUCAGGUUAUUAAGGAGUCAAUGAGGCUUUAUCCGGUUUCGCCAUUAAUUGCAAGAGAAACAUCUAGUGAAGUAGAAAUAGGAGGUUAUGUUCUACCGAAGGGGACUUGGGUGUGGUUUGGAGUGGGAGUGAUAGCAAAAGAUCCAAAAAACUUCCCAGAGCCGAACAAGUUCAAGCCAGAGAGGUUUGAUCCAAACUGCAAAGAAGAGAAAGAAAGGCAUCCUUACGCAUUUUUACCCUUCGGAAUCGGGCCUCGGGCAUGCCUUGGUCAGAAAUUUGCCCUGCAAGAAAUAAAGCUGGCACUGAUUCACUUAUACCGCAAGUACGUGUUCCGGCACUCUCCUAACAUGGAGAAACCUCUCGAAUUUGAGUUCGGGAUUAUUCUGGAUUUCAAGAAUGGUGUCAAGCUUAGAGCCCUGAAGCGAACUCAAAAGUUUUGAGUCAUACAACAUUACUUAACAUACAGCAGCACCCUCAUCAUUCCUCGUAUCGUACGUGUUGUUAAUAGCAAUAAUUGUGGCGUCUUUUUUGUGUUUGCUUUCUGCGGUUGUUGUUGUUGUUAAUUUGCUGCUGGCCUUAGGCUGCUGCCUCUGUUUUGAAAUCAAAGUCUUUUCCGAACUCAUCAUCGUCAUGCUUAACAAGACAACGGAAUAUUGGUUAUCUGGAAUUUUACGUAAACA